CCUGGGGAGGGGGUUUGGGCCCCCCACUCCUGUGCCCCGCAGGAGCUGUCCGGCUUCACCCUGGACCAAGUGGCUUUCGAGGACGGCAAGGGCAAGUGCCCGUACGACCCCACCAAGGGACACACCGGCCUCAUCGUGGACGGCGAGCUGUACUCGGCCACCUUCAACAACUUCCUGGGCACGGAGCCCGUCAUCCUUCGCAACCUGGGCCCGCACUACUCCAUGAAGACGGAGUACCUCACCUCCUGGCUCAACGAGCCCCACUUCGUGGCCUCGGCGUACGUGCAGGAGAGCGCAGCCAGCAGCACCGGGGACGACGACAAGGUUUACUUCUUCUUCAGCGAGCGGGCGGUGGAGUACGACUGCUACGCGGAGCAGGUGGUGGCCCGCGUGGCGCGGGUCUGCAAGGGGGACGUCGGCGGGGCGCGCACGCUGCAGAAGAAGUGGACGACCUUCCUCAAGGCUCGCCUGGUGUGCUCGGCGCCCGAGCAGCAGCUCCACUUCAACCGCCUCCAGGCCGUCUUCACCCUGCCCGGGGCCGACUGGCAGGACACGACGUUUUUUGGGGUCUUCCAGGCCCGCUGGGGGGACGUGGACGUCUCGGCUAUCUGCCGGUACCACAUCCUGGAGGUGAAGAAGGCGUUCGAGGGGCCCUACAAGGAGUACCGGGAGCAGGCGCAGAAGUGGGGCCGGUACUCGGACGAGGUGCCGAGCCCCCGUCCCGGGGCGUGCAUCACCGACUGGCACCGCCAGAACGGCUUCGCCAGCUCCCUCGAGCUGCCCGACAACACCCUCAACUUCGCCAAGAAGCACCCGCUGAUGGACGAGCCCAUCCUGCCCCACCGCGGGCGCCCGCUGCUGCUCAAGAAGGACGCCAACUUCACCCAGCUGGUGGUGGACCGGGUGACGGGGCUGGACGGCUCCGUCUACGAGGUGCUCUUCAUCGGCACAGGUGACGGCUGGGUGCACAAGGCGCUGAACCUGGGCGCUCACGUCCACCUGGUCGAGGAGCUGCAGGUUUUCGAGCCGGCGCAGCCCGUGGAGAGCUUGGUCCUGGCCGGUCGGAAGAAGCUGCUCUUCGCCGGCUCGCGCUUCCAGGUGGCCCAGCUGCCGCUGGCCGACUGCAGCCGCUACCAGUCCUGCACGGACUGCGUCCUCGCCCGGGACCCCUACUGUGCCUGGAGCCGCAACGCCAGCCUCUGCGUCCGCACCGAGGGCCUCAACGGGUCCCAGCUGGUCCAGGACGUGCUGAGCUCCGACACCCGCGCCUGCACCCUGCCGCAGGUGGCCAAGCAAGGGCCCAUCAUCCCCAAAAACGUGACGGUGGUGGCGGGCACCGACCUGGUGCUGACGUGCCGCCUGGGCUCCAACCUGGCGCAGGCGCUGUGGACCUUCGAGGGGCGAGCGCUGGCGGCCGAGCAGGCGCUGGUGCUGCACGACGCCCGCCUGCGGGCGCUGGUGGUGCCGGGGGCCGGGGCGCAGCACAGCGGCACGUACCGCUGCUAUUCGGAGGAGCAGGGCGCCCGGCUGGGCAGCGAGGUGUACCGGGUGGCGGUGCUGGCCGGCCCGGGGAUGCCGCUGGAGACGCGGGCGCCGUUGGAGAGCCUGGGGCUGGUGUGGGUGGUGGCGGUGUGCCUGGGCGCCCUGUGCCUGGUGCUGGUGCUGGUGGUGUUCUCGCUCUGGCGGCGGCUGCGGGAGGAGCUGGGCAAAGGUGCCAAAGCCAUCGAGAGCACCCUGGUGUACCCCAUCGAGCUGCCCAAGGAGCCCCCCAGCCCGCGCUUCGUGCCCAGCGCCGCCUCCGACUCGGACGAGAAGCUCUGGGACCCGGCCAGCUACUACUACUCGGACGGCUCGCUCAAGAUCGUGCCGGGCCACGCUGUCUGCCGCAACGGCGGCCCCCCCGGCGCCACCUCGCCCCCCAGCACCAUCCCCGGGCAGCCCCUGCACUCGCCCACCCGCAUCCACCUGGGUCCCCUGCGCGGUUCCUCCUCCAACGGCUACAUCCGCCUGGCGCUGGGCGCCGAGGAGCGGCCGCCCUGCGCCGACCUGGCCGAGGAGCUGCGGCGGAAGCUGCAGCAGCGCCAGCCCCUGCCCGACUCCAACCCCGAGGAGUCGUCGGUCUGAGCCGCCACCGCGCAGCCGCACCUACCUCAGGGCCCGGCACCCGCCGCCAGGACGUCGGCGCCCGCCGCGGGGACCACCGCCCCGGUGCCAGCACCCGCCUUGGGGCUGCAGCACGGGGAACCGGCACCCGGCUCGGGGCCGCGGCACGGGCACCGGCACCCACCUGGGCACCGCGUCCUGCCUGCCCUGGGUGAGGCGGCUGGGGCUCUUGUGUCACCGUGUCACCGCGUCCACCUUCGGUACUGCGUCCCGGGC